CAAAUGUCUCAUUUAUCAACUUAUGUUAAUAUGUUAAUAUUGCAGUGUUUUUCGUGCUGUUUGCUAUGCAACGGAGCACAUGCAACACCACUGACUCUACACUGACGGUGGGCACCUGUCUGCCCUCCACAGACUGCAACCGCAGCGGUGGUAGAUCUUCAGGGACCUGCGCCAGGGGCUUCGGUGUCUGCUGCAUAGCUCGUCACAGCUGUGGGGAGACCACCAGCUAUAACAACACAUACUUCGUCAACCCCAGCUUCAACAGUACUGACUCAGGGACAGGAGCCUGCACUCUCACUGUCAACCGCGUCAACACCAGCAUCUGUCAGCUUCGUUUAAACUUCAUUGACUUCCAGUUGGCGCAGCCGGACGUUGACGGUAACUGUAAUGUUGACUUCCUCGCCGUCAGCCCGUCCUCCACAGUGCCAAGAAUCUGUGGCUCCAACAGUGGACAACACAUGUACCUGGACGUGGACCCACUGGGUGGACCAGUAAGGGUGACGGUGGACCGCUCAGGUAUAGCAAUGAACCGCUCAUGGAUCAUCCAGGUGACGCAAAUCACUUGUGACUCACGGGACACGGGUGAGUACAGCCACCAUAAUCAUCCAGUGUUUGCCUCUUUUGUUUACAAUCGAAAGAUACGAAUUCGAUACCGGGGACGGGUGAAGACGUGA